AUGGAUAAUACGAACGAAAAAUCCGAAAACACUAUGAUGGGCAAUGGUGCUGCGAACGGUCUGCCAAAUGACGGCACAGGCGUGGUACAGCUCGACCCAUGGCUUGGCCCUUUCAAGGAGUCUCUCAAGAAACGAUACAGCAAGGCACAACAAUGGAUCAAGACAAUUGACGAGACCGAGGGAGGGCUAGAGAAGUUCAGUAGAGGAUUUGAAAAGUUUGGGUUCAAUAUCGACAAACAGAACAAUAUCUCCUAUAGGGAAUGGGCGCCUAAUGCUACGCAAGCAUUCCUUAUUGGUGAAUUCAAUGAUUGGAACCGCGAGUCGCAUCCCAUGAAGAAGGAUCCAUACGGUGUUUUCGAAGUGAUUAUACCUGCGAAGAAUGGAGAGCCUGCUAUUGCACACAACUCUAAGAUUAAGAUUUCAAUGAUCACACCGUCCGGCGAACGAAUCGAACGCAUACCAGCUUGGAUCACAUAUGUCACACAAGACCUACACAUCUCUCCAGUAUAUGAUGCUCGAUUCUGGAAUCCUCCUGCCUCCCAACGAUAUCAAUUCAAGCAUCCGAGACCGAAGAAACCAGAGAGCGUGCGAGUCUACGAAGCACAUGUUGGAAUAUCCUCACCGGAGUUGAGAGUGUCUACGUACAAGGAGUUCACACAGAAUAUGCUACCGAGAAUACAUCAUUUGGGCUACAAUGUUAUCCAGCUCAUGGCCAUCAUGGAACACGCAUACUACGCAAGCUUUGGUUACCAAAUCAAUAGUUUCUUUGCUGCUAGCAGUAGAUAUGGUUCUCCAGAAGAGUUGAAAGAGCUCAUUGAUACGGCACACGGAAUGGGUAUCACUGUCCUGUUGGAUGUUGUACACAGUCAUGCCUCCAAAAAUGUUCUGGAUGGUCUCAAUGAAUUUGAUGGUACGGAUAGCUGUUAUUUCCAUGGUGGUCCUAAGGGCAAGCAUGAGCUAUGGGAUAGUAGGCUUUUCAAUUAUGGAAGUCAUGAAGUUCUCAGAUUCUUACUGAGUAAUUUGCGUUUCUGGAUGGAUGAGUACCACUUUGACGGAUUUCGAUUUGACGGCGUCACGAGCAUGCUUUAUACCCAUCAUGGAAUUGGAACGGGCUUCUCUGGAGGUUAUCACGAAUACUUUGGUCCAGGAGUUGACGAAGAGGCCGUUGCCUACCUUAUGAUUGCGAACGAAAUGUUACACGACCUGUACCCUGAGAUGAUCACUAUUGCAGAAGAUGUUUCUGGUAUGCCAGCUUUGUGUUUGUCCUUAUCAUUGGGCGGUAUUGGCUUCGACUACAGACUGGCAAUGGCUAUUCCAGAUAUGUGGAUCAAGAUUCUGAAGGAGGUGAAGGACGAUGACUGGGAUCUUGGUAAUAUUUGCUUCACAUUGACGAACCGAAGACAUGGAGAGAAGACAAUUGCAUAUUGCGAGAGUCACGAUCAAGCGUUGGUCGGUGAUAAGUCCAUUAUGAUGCAUCUGUGCGAUGCGGAGAUGUACACCAAUAUGUCAACUAUGACAGACUUCACACCUGUCAUUGAACGAGGAAUGGCCCUUCAUAAGAUGAUUCGUCUCAUUACCCACGGUCUGGGCGGAGAAGGUUACUUGAACUUUGAAGGAAACGAAUUUGGCCAUCCUGAAUGGCUUGAUUUUCCUCGUGCCGGAAACAACAAUAGCUUCUGGUAUGCACGACGUCAAUUCAAUCUGACAGACGACAAUCUACUGCGAUAUAGAUUUUUGAAUGAGUUUGAUGCUAAGAUGCAACAUACCGAGGCCAAGUACGGUUGGUUGCAUUCACCUCAAGCUUACAUUAGCUUGAAGAAUGAGUCUGAUAAGGUCAUCGUCUUCGAGCGAGCUGGUCUGGUUUGGAUUUUCAACUUCCAUCCCACAAAGAGUUAUGCAGACUACCGUAUUGGUAUCGAGCAAGAAGGCACAUACCGAGUCGUUCUGAACUCCGAUGCCAAGGACUAUGGUGGUUUCGAAAGGAUUGAUUCUGGCACGAGAUUCUUCACAACUCCGUUCGCAUGGAACGAGCGAAAGAACUUUACACAAGUUUAUAUUCCUACAAGGACCGCUAUAGUUCUGGCUCUUGAGUCGACGCUGUGA